AAUAGAAUGAAUGGGGAUGGUUCAAACAGAGAAAAGACAACAUAUGUAUUUUUAUUCUUUUUUCCCCUUAUUCCUUCCUAUACUUUCUACUCCUUCUUUCGCUAUAACCCCCAUGUGAACGUUGCGUAAUAUUAAAUAUUAGUUUUGUCAUCCAUGAUUCCCUUUCUUGUUCUCUUCUUCAAGAAUCAGAGAAGCGUGCGCAGUUUCUCUCAGAAUUGUCUGACAAUGUAGGCGGGAUCGAUUCGUUUGUAGCGCGUGUUACACUCGGCACGAUGGAUCGAAAUUUGCUGAUCUAUUUUUAUAUCCUCUGUCUGUCGCUAGUAGUCCAUUAAUUCGUUCAUUUGUGCAUGUGAUUUUGGCCGCUCGUUGAAAAUGUGGAAGGAGUUGCGCAUCCAUUUUCGGUUACGAAUUACGAAAUGUAAUGAGUAUACAAUACGUUUGUACGCCGGUAAGAUGGAGUAGCAAGCGCAUUAAAAUGUCUCAGUUUACGCGCCUUUUAAUGAAGAAAUUUAAAUCUUCUUUCUAAUAUCCUUGGAUGUUGUUAAGAAAGCAGAGAAAAGAAUAUGUCAAAUACGCGAAAGUAUUUCCAUUAUCUACCACGUUGGAUUUCAAAGUUCCGAGCAAAUGGUACAGAAGAGUGGUUGGCUCGCUCGAAAUCAUCUGCGGUCUUGCCAUGGCAAUAAUUCCAAAUUAUAAGAUAAAAAAUUUAUCGAAUGCGGUAUUACUCUUUUUGAUGCUAAUGGCCGUGUAUUCUCAUUAUAUGGUAAACGAUAGAUUUGAAAGAAUUGCACCGGCUUUGGUAUUUUUCUUUAUGCUGACUGGUCGAUUGGUAAUAGAUUGGCAAUUACGACGGGAGGAUGCACAACCAGUUGCAGCUAAUGGAGUAGACGAGAAAACUAGAAAACAAGACUGAAUCUAUUUAUUUGAAAACCUGGCGAGCGUAUCUCUUUUACACAUUUUGCAAAGCAAAUCGUACGUCGAGGCAGAAUUCUGUCGAUGAGAGAAGAAAAUAUAAAUACUAAAGAUAAACUACACUAAUCCUGCGAACAAAACAGAACUAGAUGGAUGUCACAUUUAUUUCUAGUAUUCCUUCCGUUUGUGGAGAGGAUAGAAUAUUUUCGAUGAGAAUAUACGAAAAUGCUACGUCCUUUUUAGUAUAGACUCGAAUACGUCCGACAACGUAAAGUGAGCAAUAUCUCAUCCACAUCUUUGCACGUAAAUGAAAAUUUCCAGAUCCACGCUAUAAUUGUUUGGAUCGAUAUUGCUAUCCUUACAUUAAAAAUGAGACACAAUGUGUUAGCAGGUCCGUGUUUAUGCUCCUAAACAUUAUGUGAAAUAUUUACAUUAAUUAUGAGAUACAAGGAGCUUGUUAAAAAUAUAUUUUACCAAAGUCUGCAAUAUAUUAAUAAGAUGAGGAUUAAGUAAAUUUUGUUCCAUUGAUUACAUGACAUUAGAGCGCUUCUAUAUUAGAAAUUAAUCUAAUAUACCCAUCAUUUCUUCAUUUACAUUGUCCAAUAAUGAAUAUGAAUAUUAAUUAAGCACUAUUAACUGCCACAAAAAAGAAAUGUGUUCUCCUUAAUAUCAUAACUGAAUGUGUGUACAUACAUAUAAAUUUGCUGUACUCUACAUAAAUAUCAAUUGCAUGAUUUAAGAUAUACAUGCCUACUUUUAUAUAUAUAUAUAUAUAUAUAUAUAUAUAUAUAUAUAUAUAUAUGUAUUGAAUUUAUUUUACAAAUAUGUAGAGUCGUAAGCAACAUUACGUUCCAUCAAAAGUUACAGUUAAGAAAAAAAAUUCAUAGUACAUUUUUGUAAACACAUUUUGGAUGAAUUCUGAUCAUUAUUGCAAAAAGAUUGUGAUUACCUGUGUGUUUAUAAAACAUAAAAGUGUUUGUAUGAUAUCAUAAAUAUUUAAAUAUACAGAGUGUUUUACCAAAAUUCAUACCAAUGAAACCAGAGAAACUAACUUCAUUUUUUAAAUCCUAUGUCAUGUGCUUUGUAGAUUUAUUUUUUCUGAUAUAACUUAGAUAAGUACAAUGUAAAUAUUUAUGAAAAGGAGCAUGCUAAUUAUAAUGGGGCCAAUUUUGUGGUCUUAACUUAUUGUACAUGUACUGUAUAAAUAUCUUACUUGAAAGCAAAAUGAAUAAAAAUGCUAACAAGAGAAAACAAAA